UAAGAGCUUCAUUAAUCUAUGAAGAAAAUCUCUUCACAAACAUUCGUAGCGUCUUGAUCUUUUGUCAUUAUGAAAUAUCUGUCAAGUUCUUCCUCAAGCUACUGGUUUUCUUCACCAUUAUCAUUCUAUCGGUUCAUGUUCAGUCAUCAUCAAGUUCAAGCAAUGAAAACUAUUCGGCCUGCAGCAAACAGUUCCAUUGUGGGAACAUAAAGAAUGUAAGCUACCCUUUCUGGGGAGGUGACAGGCCCCAGAACUGUGGCCAUCCAGAGCUGAAGCUAACCUGCACGGAAAAUGAGCGAACCCUGAUCUCAAUCAUGUCUGUAAGCUACAAAGUCAUCGAAAUCAACCUCGAUUUACGAGCUUUCACGGUUGCAAGAGCUGAUUAUCUGCAAACCCUUUGUCCACAAGCCCUUUUCAAUACCACCAUGAACUUCAACAUAUUGAGCUACGCCUGGAAUCUGGAGAACAUAACAUUGUACUAUGGCUGCCCUUCGAUUUCCGACAUGUUUUCAGGGUUUCCAACUCGGUUCAACUGCAGUGGAACAAAUUUGGUGAACUACUAUGUCGUAGCAUCUGUUUUUGGUAACCUAUCGGACGAGGUUAAAGAUGGGUUGGGAUGUUGUACUAGCAAUGUGAUUGUUCCGGCUUUUUAUACUGCAGCCGAGUCGAUUAAGAGCAAACCAACUCCAGACACUCUGGUUUUGCCACUAGGUAAUGGAUUUGGCCUGAAAUGGGGUGAAAAAAUUGCUUCCAAAUGUGAGGAAUGCAAUGGUUCUGGUGGGAGGUGUGGGCACAAUAGGAGCUUGAAUCAAUUCACUUGCUAUUGUCCAGACCAUACUCAUCUAUCAACUUGUUUUCUAUCAGGGUCAUCUAAAGGUACCAUUUUGAAGAUUAAACUAAUCAUAGGGUUUGCAGUGGUUGGGGCUGCUGCUAUGGUGGUUUCUCUCAUGGUGUUUGCCUUGAGGCUUAAGAAAGGAUCGUUGUCAAGUGGAAUGCUGAUGGGUUUACAGCAAAAUAAAAGGAAAAACAGUGAAAGGAUCGAGGCUUUCAUCAUGAGAUACGGUUCGGAUCUUGCUCCGAAGCGAUAUUCUUAUUCGGACAUCAAGAAAAUCACCAAGUCGUUCAGAGACAAGCUCGGCGAAGGCGGAUUCGGCACUGUCUACAGAGGUAAUUUGCCCGACGGUCGUCUCGUUGCUGUUAAAGUCCUGAGUGAGUCGAGGGGGGACGGAGAGGAGUUCAUUAACGAAGUUGCGAGUAUUAGUCGAACUUCUCAUGUCAAUGUCGUGACGUUUCUUGGAUUCUGCUACGACAGUUCGAUGAGGGCUUUAUUGUACGAAUUCAUGCCGAAUGGAUCGUUGGAUAAGUUCAUCUAUCACCAUGGAUCCAGGGAUCGACUUCGUGUGCUAGACCAGAAAACAUUGUUCGAAAUCGCAGUCGGGAUCGCUAGAGGACUAGAAUAUCUCCAUCAAGGAUGUAACACAAGAAUCUUGCACUUGGACAUAAAACCUCAUAACGUCCUUCUAGACGAUGACUUCAUCCCCAAGAUAUCCGAUUUCGGUCUCGCUAAGUUAUGCGAGCGGAAAGAAAGCAUUCUUUCGUCGAUAACCGCCCGCGGAACUAUAGGAUACAUCGCCCCGGAACUAUUCUGUCGAAACUUCGGUGGAGUUUCGUACAAAUCCGAUGUUUAUAGCUACGGAAUGAUGGUGCUCGAAAUGGUUGGAGCAAAGGAAAACGUUCAUGUCGCAGGGUCAAUAACUAGCGAAACGAACUUCCCUACAUGGAUUUACGAACAUCUCCGAGACGAACCAUUCGAUCUCGAAGGAAUCACGGUUGAAGAUGAAGAAACAACUAAGAAGAUGAUCAUAGUGAGUUUAUGGUGCAUUCAAACGAAUCCGUCGGACCGACCAUCAAUGACAAGAGUGCUCGAGAUGUUACAAGGAACACUUCAAUCUUUGCCGAUUCCGCCGAGACCAUUCUUGUUUUCUCCUCCACGAUCGGCCGGAAAUUCCUCAUCGGCAAUAUCAUUUUAUACCAGCUAUUACCAGUAAGAAUUUAACACAGUGUGUGUUUCUUGUUAGUUAUUUAGAAAAUUUAGUAUCUUUAACCUUGAUCAUAAUAUUUCAUCACAGUUU